GCUGAGAGGGUGCAGCUCACCCCUUUGUGUGCCGCUCUUUUUCGCUCUGUUCAUCCUUCUUCAUGGAGUGGUAAGGCUGCCUUUGUGAUAAAAUGAAAUCGAAGGAAGAACCCACCGUCGCUGCCAGCAUGGCCAAGGAACAAGAGGACGCUACGCAGGACAAAGUGCCACCACUUCGAGCAAAGCUGGGACGGAGCAACACGAUGUCCCCACCCCCCACAACGUCCAACAUCCCUCGGGUGCCCCGGGGAGGCUCUCUACGGGAACGACACCGGUCCAUGGACAAAGACCAUCCGGCCCAUCACAACCGGCACCGUCGUUUUUCGGCCCACAUUGUGGCGCGCCGCGAGUCCAUGUUUGAACGCGGCGCCUCGCUGGAUGCGUCAAUACGGAGGCCCUCGUUGGCCUCAGUGGCCGAACGGGGCAACUGGGGCAACCGUUGGGAGUUCCUUCUGUCGUGCGUCGGCCUCUCCGUCGGCAUCGGCAACGUGUGGCGCUUCCCAUAUUUAGCCUAUCAGAAUGGCGGUGGUGCUUUCCUUAUCCCGUAUAUUAUAAUGCUUGCCCUUGCCGGCAAACCCAUGUACUUUCUCGAGCUGGCCAUUGGACAGUUUGGAGGCGUCGGGCCCAUCGCUCUUUGGAAUUGCUGUCCAGUUAUGAAAGGUGUUGGCUGUGCAAUGGUUACUGUGUCAUUGGUUGUGUGCAUCUACUACAACGUGAUCAUGUCCUACACCCUGCACUACAUGGGUGCCUCCUUGGCCGCCGAGGUCCCUUGGGCCAAGUGUGACCCCGAGUGGGCCGACAUGGAAACUUGCUACGUGCGGGGAGGCGCCACCAACACAAACCAUUCCGACAAUGACCCUUAUCCCACUACCAAGCAUAGAGAAACUGCCAGUUUGCAGUACUGGGAACGAAAAGUGCUGGCCUUAUCUAGCGGUAUUGAAGAUUUGGGCCCCAUCAAAUGGGACCUGGCGCUGUGCCUCUUCAUCUCAUGGUGCAUCGUGGUGCUGUGUCUUGUGAAAGGCAUCAAAACGUCCGGCAAGGUCGUGUAUUUCGCGGCGACUUUCCCAUAUGUCAUCUUGUUGACGUUGCUGGUGACAGGUCUUCUGCAGCCCGGCGCCAUUGAUGGAGUGCUCUUCUUCAUCCUGCCCACUUGGAGCAAACUCUUGGACAUACAGGUCUGGCGGGCUGCGGCAGGACAAAUGUUCUUCUCACUCAGCGUCUCUAUGGGAGGCCUCAUUAUGUACAGCAGUUACAAUGAUUUCAGGAACAAUGUGUACAGGGAUGCGCUUGUUGUAAGUGUGCUGGACACCAUAACGUCUAUCAUCUCAGGGAUGGUCACUUUUUCUAUCUUGGGUGCCAUGGCAACCGAUCUUGGCGUGCCGAUCGAUCAAGUUGUAAAGGAAGGUCCCGGCUUGGCGUUUGUUGCCUACCCUGAGGCGCUGCUCCGAUUGCCGUGUCCCCAAUUUUGGUCUGUUCUCUUUUUCUUGAUGCUCUUUGUGCUGGGCUUGGAUAGCGAGUUUGCCCUAUUGGAAAAUGUUCUCACAAGUAUAUCGGACGAGUUUACAUGGCUGAGGAACCACAAACUCAUCUUUUGCGUUGUCACGGCGUGUUUCUGCUAUAUUGUUGGAUUACCCUGUGUCACACACGGAGGCAACUAUGUUCUUACUCUGAUGGAUGUGUACGGUGGCGGCGUUGGAGUGUUGUUUAUCGCGAUUGCAGAAUGUAUUGGCCUGCUUUGGAUAUACGGUCUAGGCAGAAUUGCGUCUGAUCUCGAGUUCAUGCUUGGAAAUAGACCCAACGCUUAUUGGAGGAUCACCUGGUCUUUCCUCGCGCCCGUCAUACUCCUGCUGAUUUUCCUGUAUUCAUUGGUAUUCCACGUGCCCCUGCGCUAUGAAGAAUACUUAUAUCCUAGCUGGGCCAACAUGAUCGGCUGGGCCCUGGCCUGCGUUUCCAUGCUGCAAAUUCCUAUUUGGGCCAUUUACAUGAUUUGGAAACAGCCAUCUGGCACGUUGUGGGAAAAGAUGAAAAUGUCCGCAAGAUCGACCCCUGAAUGGGGACCCUCGGACUCGACUCUACGGGCCGACUGGGUUGCAUUUACCCAGCAAAAUGUGCCAGGAACUUUGCUCACCGAACAACGGAAAGACUGCAACUCCACGCCAAUCAACAUUGGUGACAAGAUAGGAGAACCAUUAUGAUGUCAGGAAAAGCCUAAUGGGGUGACAUCGGUUUGAAAGGUCAAGCUUAAUGUGAUCUGUCAUUUCUGGCGGCAAAUUAUUCAGCAGAAGUGAGAUGAAAUUUUAACCUUGUUUAUAAAUAUCGCUAGUCGAAAAUGAAAGAAAACGAUUUGACUAAAUCUCAGAGAGUGCGCUGGUAUGACAGAGUUAUUGCUUUGGAAUUAAUUGCACUUGUGGACUGUAUACAUCUCUGGAUUCGUGUCACUAACACAAUAAUUUAAAUAAUUGAAUUAAGCGCCGCCGCAUAUUUUUGUAAAUUUGACACCAGGCUAUUAUAAUUGAUGUUGAGUAUGUUUUGAAUUGAGCGCUGGGAUCUUUUAUCACAGCCAGUCUCCCGCUUGUGGGAGCUCAAAGCGCAAAUGGAAACUCUAAUCUGGAUUCUUUUGUUGCUAAAUUACAAAUUGAUUUGUGUUUGGGAUUCUGAUUUACUGACGAACUAGUCAUUUGCCAUCAAUGAACCCAAAAGUAGACUUUGUGAUCUCCGCGAAAACAGAAUUAAUUUUUGUUCCUUAAUUUAAUUGUCAUAUUUAAUAAUAAGACGUGGAAAAUAACAUUAUGUUUGAAACCUUGAAAUCAAUCACACGACAAGUGAAUUUUUUGGUUAAUCAUUAAGUUUUUCAUGGACACUCAAUUUUUCGUUGGAAAGCGCAGAGAAAACAAAUAAUCAACAUUAUAUUGAUGCUGAAUUAAUAUGUGUCAAGACACGCUGCUUUGUAAUAUUUUAGGGAGCAAUUACUCGAGAAAUAUCAUAUUAGAGUUUUGUUAAGAUAUUAAUUUAAAGUUUUAAAAGCAAUUUUUAAGGCUAAAUAAAUAAUGCCCUCUGACUGCAAUCCUGUAAAAAGGAAAUCCUUUUCUUUAAGGUUUGAUGCUCUAGGGCAGCUAGUAAAUUAAAGAAUUUUUUAUAAAAUUCUCAAUUAAAGUCACAAAGCUGCAGCGCUCCACAGCUGAGAAAUUUGAGCACUAGACGUGUACUGUUGUUGAUUGCGUAAUUAUAUUAAUGUUGAUAACGUACUACGAUAUUGCGACGCAAUUAUACAUGUCUGGGAAAAAUAGUAAAGUUAUAUAUUGAUGUUGAAUGGUUAAAAAGUUGUAAUAGACGAUUGACACUAGACAAGGCAAGAGGUUUUAACCUACGUAAUUGAGACUUAAACGGGAGGAUAACAAAUAUUAUAAAAAGCAGGGUUUUCAAACUUAGGAAGCGACGUAGAUGUUGAAUUAUUGAAAGUCCCUAAAACGUUAAAUUCACUGUUAAUACAAGCAAUAAUAACCUAGAGUUGGUAAAUAUAUAUCGGUAUAUUUAUACAAAAAACCAAGAUGAUAUAUUUAUUAUGCUGGUGCAAAACUUAAUGAUAUACUGUAUACAUUAUUAAUGUUAAAUGUUUGGCAAAGCAAGACGUGUCAUGUGGAGUAGAAAAAUCGUAACUGUGAAGAAAUGGUCCACUUGGUAUCCUGGCGUUGUACAGCCAACUAUUGCGGGCCGUGUUCAGUCACACUUAAAAAAAUGAUAUGUGGUUGAUAAUAAGUGUUCUUGAUGUGUUCUCUGACGAUCAAUAAUUUUCAGAUAUAGAUAGAAGAGAGACGUUAUUUAUUUCCAGAGUUGAGGUCAAAUUCAAAUCUUUGCUGAAUCAUCACGUCCAAUACCCAGGUCAAAAGUAACACAAUAAUUAAAACGAAUUAGUAUAAAAAAAAUGUUUCUGAAUAUUUAAAUUCAUUCGUUCUCUAGAAUUUUCUCAGAUUGAAUCAACUAAUGGAAAUUAGAAAUUUAAAUAAAGCGAUAAAGUGCCUCAGUGCCUUUUUGCCAUCACUGACUUGUCGCGUUAAUGUUCCACUUUGACAGUCGAUUGGGCCGAGAUUUGAUUUGACCUCGCCUGCAGUGCAUUAUUUUUAGCAGAGAGAGAGAGAUGAUGUAUUUACAACACAAUUAAUAUAUAUAUAAAUAUAUCAAGCCGUUGUCAGUGUUCAUUGUAACUAACACAAAGUAAAACUCUCUAUAUCCUUUAUACACCCCCAUUCAAUGGCCAUGUUUAACAAGUUCAAAAAUAAUUUAUAGUGACAUAUUUAGCAGAAAAAUAUCACAAAGUCCUGUAAGAAGUGAACAAUGGGCCAGUAACUGUUGUUAACGUAUGUCUUAUCAGGCGUGGAGUUUCUCAGCAUGGCGCGGAAAGGGAGAAUUCGAAAGGCCGUCACUGAUUUAUGCGAAUUAUUUGCCCCAACAACAAAAUAGUGAUAAACGCUCAACAUGUUCCAGAACAAUAAAACUCUAGGUUGUAAGCACACUCACUGUACACGACGUAUAUCGAAUUAGAGUAAUUUUGAAAAUUUUGAGAACAAUGAUAAACUAGCACAAUAGAACGAGAUAUUCAAAAAUUAUUUUAAAAUUUUGCCUGCUUUUCUCUAAUUUAAAUCCAUUUAGUGCUGCAAUAACUGAAUAUUUUGUUUGACUCCAUAAAUAUUGAAAAUGCGCCCAAAAUACAAGUAUAAAAAUUGCUCAUAUAAAAUUGGUGAACAUAAUGAAGUAAAAUUAUUUUUCAUAUGAGCAUUUUAUGUUAUUGGGGGACCGAACAUGCUCAAGGGAGCGGCGAGCAGAGAAGUUUCCCAGCACUGGGAAGUACAAAUGAACGAAAAAGUUAAGCAAGCCCAAUAAACGCUGUGGGUUCGCCGAUUGUGUGUAAAAUAAUUAUCUACUUCAUAUUCCCCUAAAGCGCAUCAACACCAAUAAACAUGUUGAAAUAUAAUUGUUGUUGCUCUUUGUUUUAUGUGCUGAUUGUAAAAUGUAAAAAAUCUGCAAAACCAAUGCCAUGUCAUUUCAAUUAUUGUAAAAACAGAUUAAUGUAAAACAAUUUUGAGGAAAAUUAACGAUUUCUUUACAAAUGGCAAUAUGUAUUUUACAGAGUGUGGAACCAAGAAAGUGUCAGUUUUAAUUAUAUGAUACAACUAAAGAAUGUCCAAUUAAAGCAUGAGAACCCUUUUGUUAUUAUACUGUAUGAUAUAGAGCGAUUUGAAAUUUAGGCCUUGUUAUUUUUUAUGUGAUUCAGUGCAGGUUACCAACAACAGAAUGUCACACAUUUUGAA